AAUGAAAACAAACAAAAAACGAAGAGAUCAGUGUAAUAUAUUUCAAUCAACCUAAACCGUCGCUUAAGUAUUUAUAUAAGUUUGCACCGUUAAUCUCUAACAACUCAGUGGCACAGUGGUUGAGCGCCCGCUUUGCAUUUUGGCGGUUGGGGUUCGAAUCCCACCUGCGUCAUAUACAUUUUUUGAAUUGCUUUUUCUUACAUUUUUAAGUCUAAUUUCAUGCUGUUUAAGUAAUUUCUUGAUUUAUUUUAAAUAUUUUUUCAAUUACAAUAUGUUUGUAUUUUUCAGUAUGAAGUUCCACAACUGUGUUGUGUGCAACACACGUACGAAACCAAAAAACAGAAGACCGGUUAACAAAUCCAUAAAGAAGUAUCUGUUGAAAAAGUUUUUCAUUAACGCUGAUGAGAGGUCAAUUAUAUGUAAUAAAUGCAGACAUAACUAUUAUAUAGCUGAGACGCAGCGUAGUUCAACAUACAGUUCAACAGAAGCAAGUGAUCCGGACUUUCAUCCGCCAGCCUCUAAAGGGAAUUCUUCAUAUCUCAGCCCUCCGUCUGUUUCACUGAAAAUACCGUGCACUACAAAGACUCAUGCCAAAUGUUUCUUGUGUAAGAGACCGGGACCUAAACUCAUCGUUGUACCCUCCGAGACAAGAGUGACGGUAUUUAUAAAAUUCAAUAUACUGAUACCAUCCGGAUCACGCUGCUGUCCUGUACAUAUAUAUAAUGAGCAGAUUUCAGAGGAGUCCCUUAUAAACGUUCUAACCACAGACACAGUCUUUAUGACCAGAACAAAUAUCUUAGAGUUGAUCGGGGCUAUAAGAAAGGAAUGCAUCAGAACAAAUGAAAGGCUUAAUUUUGACAACUUGAGAGAAGCAGAUUAUAAAGAACUGACUGGACUUAAGCAGACAGACUUUGAAGACCUCUUCCUUAGUAUAGAAGAGCAUAUUCGGAGCUCACCCGUACGUAGUCCGAGAACUACAGUUGGACUGUUCCUGUUGAAAUUAAAGUCUGGCAUAUCAAACAAACUUCUUUCAACAAUUUUAGGUAUAACGCCGUCAAGUGUCCGAAGAGCAAUUUCAAGUGUAAGACGUGCAUUAAUGCAGCAUUUUGUUCCGGCGAACUUGGGUCUUGCACAUAUAUCUAGGCAAGAAAUUAUUGACAAACACACAAGACCUCUUGCUCAGUCACUGUUUGGUACAGAUGAGUCGGGUGACAGUCAGCCAAAGAUGAUGCUUGUUUUAGAUGGAACGUAUGUUUACAUACAAAAAAGUACAAACUUUCAAUUUCAAAGACGGUCAUUUAGCAUGCACAAGGGCAGACCCUUAGUAAAACCAAUGGUAGUUGUAACAACCAGUGGGUACUUUGUCACCAUAAUCGGACCCUACCUGGCAGAUGGAAGAAACAGUGACGCACGUAUAUUAACUCACAUGAUGCAGACAAAUGUCGAAGAAAUAAAAAGCUUUGUAGCUGAAAAUGACGUUUUUAUUGUUGACAGAGGUUUUCGGGAUUCCUUAGCUAUGCUGGAAGAUAUGGGAAUACAUGCCGAAAUGCCUGCAUUCAUGCAAAAAGGACAGAAACAAAUGACAACAGAAGAUGCUAACACUAGCAGACUAGUCACGAAGGUCAGAUGGGUAGUAGAAUCUGCUAACGCCAGGAUCAAGCGUUGGAAGUACUUAGAUCAUGUUUUACCAACAACGCAGGUUCCAUUCAUCGGGGAUUUCGUAAGAAUAGUAUGCGCGAUAUCCAACAAAUACUUUCCUCCAUUGAGCGCGACGAAAAACAACGACGACGACACCGCACUUGGAAGGAAAAUGUUAGAUUUGUCAAAGUGUAAUAACGACCUUAAAACUUACAUUGAAAAUCACUGUUUAGAACGAAAAUCAGCCUGUUGGAAGUCCGCUGAAUUAGAUGUUGAAUUUCCGCGCUUAGACGAAAUUCAGUUGAGAGAAUUAACAUGUGGUACUUACCAACUUAAAAUGUCAGCUGGUUAUAUGCAAGAGCAUAUUGACGGAAACUCAGACAUUUAUGUACAUAGAGAAGACAAUACUCUUUUAAGGGUCAAAAUUCAAAGCAGACACGUGUCAUCUAAGGUUUACACACUUUGGAUUCGUCAUAACGCGACUGAAGUUGUUUCAUGGUAUUGCAAGUGUCGCGCUGGUAGUCGAGUUGUCGGGGUGUGUGCUCACGUGGCUGCCAUUUUAUGGUUUCUUGGCUAUGCAAGACACACAGGGAAAGAAAUGUAUGGCACGCGCAACUGGGGUGAUUAUGUUUUAGACGCAGGAAACAUACCCCAAACUGUUGACAGUUCGGAUACAGAGAGUGAGUGAAAAUGUAGCAGCUGAAUCGUUACAUUAACAUAGUUUUUAAAGCAGUAUAGUUGGCCUCUGAAAAAGUAUCUUGAAGAGUAUUUUUACAUUUGAUAGUAAAACAUAUUUUGUAAAAACAUGUUUAGAGCUAUUCUGAUGUUAUAAAUCUAUAGUUAUUAUGCCGAUUUGCUGAAUUCAUAAUAUCAUAAUAAUUUAUCAAUUAUUCAUGAUUAUACUUCAUAAAAACCGGAGUUUGAUAUUUGAAAAGAAGAAAAAAAAAUCAGUAGAUUAAUAUCUGAUGUUAUUUAUUAUUUAUUUUGCAGUUCUUCAAGCGAAUAAAAUGUUACAAGUCAAAAAUAUAUUAAUUUCUAAUAAUAUAUAUACGAUAGUUAUAAGUUUAAUAUUGUUUUGCAUAAUUUGACAUUUGUAUCCAUCUGUCUACAGAUAAGAAUUGAAAGAUGUGCACAGCUACAAUUAAAAUGACUUUGUAUUUAAGGAAAUAGGUCAUAUGGUCAUAGAUGAUACGAAUGUAAUAUAUAAAUUACUAUGACGGUGUAAUUUUUUUUAAUAUAUAGUGAAAAUACGAUCAUUAUAUUUUCAUAUUUGUGCGAGAUUAAAAUUUCUGCACCCACAGUUCUUCUUUACUUCUUAGUUUUGUGUACUACUCUCCACGACCGUUUCUUGAGUUACAAACUCGCUUAAGCGAGGGAUUGUGAUGGUCAUAGUCUAAUUUCCCCCUCUCCCCCACCCCCAUGCGGGGUAAAGAGUAUCGCGCUUUAAGGCUACACUUGGUUUCUGUCAAAAACAUGCAAACUAUUGCUGACUAAAAUAUGUUGACAUAAAAUCCAAUUAAUAAAUCAAAAACAAAACACACACACAAAAACGAUGGUUAUUACCUUACCAAAAUGUAAGUUAUUGUUUAUCUGUUACUAAAUUAUGCUCGAGUCAUUUAGUGAAGAAACACGUGUAUCUAAUGGUCGAUAAAUACACUAGUCGGCACCUCCUUUGAUAUAAACAUCAAAGUAAUAUCAAAGGUAGCAGUCGGAAAGUUGAUUCAAAUGCAUCGUACAUGUACAAUGUGUAUAACCGCGGGAAUAUCAAAAUGUAAGUUAAACUGGUUGAUCAAACUUUGAAAUAGUAUUUUGGCGAAAUAAAAUAUGAAGAUGGAUGUCGAAUUUUUUUCACGUAUGUUUCUACAUUCGUUUAGUGAAAUAAUGAAUGCAAAGAAGUAUUAAAACCAUAUACAAGAUUACUUUUAGAAGCAAAACAAUGCAAAUACAUGUCUCUGUCGGCAUUUAUAGACAAAGGUGAAUAUCAUUUACAUUUUGUUCUCAGUAUAAUUUGAUGAAACGGCAUCCUAUCUUAACCUUAUUUAAAUGAAAUGUUAUCAUAUCGCAUACUUGUAUUCAUAUGGUUACACAUCAUUCAUGACGGAGCGAAAAUAAAAUCAACGCGAUUUACGUUGUGGCAACGUCACGACGUCGCAAGAAAACCGGUUUUUUUUUGUUAUUACAUAGUCGUGCAAAAUGUACUAUUUUUUCUUAAUUGUCAUUUUAAAACAAUAAAAAACUUUAUUUUCGGUCUAGGGAGAUACUGGAUUGUCAACUCAAAAAAAAUUAGAAAAAAAUAAUGAU